CGCCACCAUUUUCCAUAUCAGCAAAUAUACUAAAGAAAUCCAAUAGUGAAGAAGGAACAAAAAAAAAACCCUGCCCUAAAAGAGGGAGAACGCCACCAGCGCCACCACCAACUCUUCUACCCCCUCUCUCUUUGGGAGAGAAACCAAGCGAGCAGAGAAUAGAGAAGACGGUAGAGAGAGAGGGAUAUGGGGGAGGCGAACGAGCUGGGGGAGGAGGCGGCGCGGCUGGCGGAGCAGGCGAGGGAGCUGCAGGACGCGGCUGCUGCGCUCCUCUCCAAGACCUGGAACGAGGAGCAGGCCCUCCGGCUGCGGGCCCUGGCGCUCGAGUCCGAACUCAAGCGCCUGCGAUCAUCCGUCGACUCCGCCGCCAAGAAGAACCCCGCCGCUCUCGAUCAAAAGAUCGCCGGCAAGAUCGAUGAAGAAUUAUGCAGGGCGAGAUGCCUCGUCAGUGAUGGCGAUGUGUCAUCGCUUCUCCCAAGCAAGGAUCAUGGUCGGUUCUUGAAGAUGUUUCUUGGCCCCGUGAAUGUCAGGGCAACGAGGAAAGAGGUUCAGCUCAAAGUGAAAGAGGAGUACAACAGCUAUAGAGACAGAACGGCCUUUUUAUUUCUUCUUUUUCCAUGCACUCUACUUUUUUUAAGGUCUUAUAUCUGGGAUGAAUGCUUGCCAGCAUUGCCUGUUCAGUUGUAUCAGGCUUGGCUGUUAUUUCUCUACACAAGUCUAGCAUUGCGAGAAAAUGUAUUGAGAGUAAAUGGAAGUGAUAUUCGUCCUUGGUGGAUAUUCCAUCACUACUGUGCUAUGUUAAUGGCUCUUGUAAGUCUCACAUGGGAGAUAAAGGGGCAACCUGACUGUGCCAACAAGCAGAAAGGGGUACAACUAUUUCUGGUAUGGGCUAUGAUGCAAGGUGUUGCAAUGCUUCUACAAAACAGGUAUCAGCGUCAAAGACUGUAUACUCGCAUUGCUCUGGGAAAGGCUAAAAGGAUGGAUGUUGUGUGGGGAGAAACUGCUGGUGUGGAAGGUCAACUAUUGCUGUUAUGCCCCAUUCUCUUUAUCUUGCAGGGUUUUGAAGCAUAUGUUGGGAUCUUACUGCUUCGCACAGCUUUGGUUGGUGCUAUCCGUGAGUGGCAGGUCAUAGUUUGUGGGUCUUUGCUGGUUUUGAUGGCAGUGGGUAACUUUGCAAACACAGUACAAACCCUCAUGGCAAAAUCCAGAUUCAAAGCAAAGAUGAGGAGAACCAAGAGCAAGCAUGAUUUUGAUGCAAAUGCAUCACCUCCCAACUCAUCGCCAACUUAUUGAAGAUCAUAGAACGUUUCUUAGCCAAGGAGCUCUUUUUUGAAGAAUAUGUUGUCUAAUGCUAAUUUGUCUUUGUAAAGCAUUAUUUUGUUCGCUAUAGCUUCUAUCCAAAUGUCAUCAAUAUUUUCAGUUGAUCUACCCGUGCAUGAUGAGGUUAGAGGGUGGUUUCCAAUGUGACCUUUAGUUGGUAAUAAAUUCUUUUUUCCCUUGUUAGUUGCA